AUGGAGCAGGAGAACACAGCACCUUCGAUACACAGUCGGGAACUGGAUCAGCUGGUUGCUGGGGACGACCAGCUUCAGCUCGACUCGGAUCCCGCAACGCCGCUAGCUGGCCCAAGCGGAACUCAAACUCCCAUGGAAAGUAGCGACGAUGCGGCUGCAACUCGAGCUGCGACUCCACAGCGUUCCACGCCCGUAAGCGACGAGCUCGAGCGCUUUCGAUCUGAAUGGAAGAAGGAAGUGCUAUCAAGGGGUCACCCGACGUAUGCUCAGCCGUCAACUUCCACCAGUAAGACGGCAAAGGCCCAGAACAUCAUAUCGAGUGCACAGCAGGCAUCGUCGCCAUCGCAAGCUCCUACCGCAAACCAGCGUGAAGGAGCGUCUUCGACUGCAGAGCUCAUCGAGUCACGCAAAAGCUUUGAAGCGCAAAGCGAUGACGCUAGAAGCAACGACGAGCUAAAUGAGGACAGUCUACUGCAUCAGGAUGACACCUCGCUGCCCUUCCCCGAAGCAGCCAUCUAUGCGCCGGCCGCACUCAAGUACUCCAAAGGCGCCCACAAGAUGCCGAAACCUGCCGUGCAGCUCCCAGAGAACGAUCUUCCGGUCCCUGUCGUUCCUUCCGAGUACCACCCUUUACCUUCAUCCUCCUCGACAUCACAUUCAACGAGCUCGGUAGCCAAUGGCGUCUCGCACGCUCUGCGCGAUCGCCUUCGUGCAUCGGCAAGUGCAUCGAGCUCUCCUCCCUGUACCUCCUCAAAUAUCGCUGCCAGAUCUACUCAAUCAGAACGACAUCACCUUCCCGAAGCGGAAGCAUCUGGCUCGACCUCCAAUCCUGCACCGCCUCGCGCACCCCGCAUCAUGGCCACUCCCAACGCUCCCGCUCUUGCAAGCGAAGCCACGCAAACCGGCAUGCGUAGCUCAGUCGAGGCGUACGCGCAUGCAGUCGAGAUGGAGCGAAGCGGUCAGCUGGAUCCAGCGCUCGCCUCCUAUCGUCGCGCUUUCAAGCUCAACAGCAACGCCGACCGGCUCUACCAUCGAGCCCAUCUGCUGCUCACUGACCCAGCACUGGCCAACACUUCGUCUCAGCAGAACGACGCUCUCCUAUCAAGCCCCGCUAUCGCAGACAAAGUACGCAAGGCACUCGACUUUGACGACCACCGCUACGUGGCGAUCAAGGAGAGGCAGGCGAAAGAAGCCGAAGCUCGAGCGAGAGGCGAGCCAAUAGAUGCAUCAACCUCGAAAACGGCAGCAGCAGCCGUCGAGGAGCAGGCAGCAGACAAGGCGUCACGGCUACCCGAAUCCAGGCCGGAUGAGCUGGCAAGACUCUUGGACAACCUGUCGAUAGAGGGUGGCGGCGAGAGGGACUUUGGAAUGGUCGCAUUCGAACCGGAGGACGAAGAGAAGCCGAUGCGCAUCGCAAGAUUACCUGACGAGAUCCUGCUGCAUAUCUUGCGAAUGCUCAUCGCACCACGAGGACGGAGAGGGGCAAAGGUGGUCAAGCCGAAGCCGACGCCGGAAGAGCAAGCCGCGCUGGAUGCUGCUACAGCUGCCUUGACGGGCCGUGGGCAGGUCAAGACCAACUCGGCCAAAGUGGAUGCUCAGAAGUCGACCAGACCCAGCAACACCGCUGCUCCCGCUGCUGCCACAAAUGGGAGCAAGGCGGAUGCCAGCGCUGUCAACGCCGUCAACGGCAAGGAGGCACCUGCCACGACAGCCGACGCUUCAGCGACCGGAGACAAAGCAGACAAGGACAAGCCCGCAGACAGCAGUGUCGUCGUAGCGAGCCGCAGACAGCCCCUCGGCAUCGGCGUAGUCCUCGGUGGCACCGACUGGCAAUCACUUGAAACGCUCGGACGCACCUGUUGGAAGUUCCGCCUUCUCACCAAGUCGCCCUCUCUCUGGCGCGAGAUCGUACGCGAGACCUACUACCCGCCCAUCCUCGACCCCACGCUCAGCCUCACCGACCUGUACGAGCGCCACCACUCCGAUUGGCGCACCGCCUUUAUCAACCAACCUCGCGUUCGGCUCAACGGGUGCUACAUCGCUGCGUGCCACUACGCGCGCCCGGGCUUGAGCGAGGACGCGUGGGUGCGCGUCAUCCACGUCGUCGAGUUUUAUCGGUCCAUCCGCUUCCUCCCCGAUGGCACAGCGCUGUCGCUGCUCACGACAGAUCCGCCCUCGGAGACCGUGCGUCGGCUCGAGCCCGGGUUGAAAGCCAAAGGCUUCUCGAAGGGCCGAUGGGAGCUGUUCGAGCAGGGGUUGGACGACGAUGACGAGGAAGGCAGGCCGAGAGGACCCAAGGUGGUGGUGGAGGAUCUCAGGGACAAGAGCAUGCACAAGUACGCUUUCCGCAUGGUCUUUGGGCUGAGGAGCACCACGAGAGGCAGAUGGAACAAGCUGGAUCUGCUCGAGUACUUCAGUGUCAACCUGACCAACGGCGAGGUGCUUCCGCUGCCGCAGAAGCAUUCGCGGCCGUUUCACUUUUCCCGCGUCAUUGCAUAUGGCGUGUAG